AUGGCGGGCGCCCGCGAGAGCAAGGAGAGUUUCCUCCCGAGCUACGCGGGCGCGUGCCAGAGGUACUCGUGGGAUCCCAGCAGGGGGCCAGACGUCAACGAGUUCGUGGGCUUCCUUAGCGACCAGGAGGGGCCAGGGUACAGGAACAUGGGUGAGCUCCGCAGGGUCAUGAACAUGUUCCGCCGGCAGCAGCAGCGCUGGAUGCAGGCUCACCACCACCCAGUCCAGGCGCUGAGCGACAUGCGGCAGCAGGCGCAGCCCGACUGCAUGUACGCGGGCUGGCUGCAAAAGCGGGGGCCAAUGGCUGGCUACGCCUGGGUGCGCCGCUAUUGCCGCCUGCAGAGAGGCCUCUUGGAAUAUUUCGAGGACGGCUCUUGCGAGGUCAAGAAGGGCGACAUCGCCUUCGGGCCGCGCACGGCUGCCUGCGAGAUGAGGGCCGCCUCGGCGCCCGGCGAGGCCGUCAAGUACCGGACGGACCGGCCGUUCGGCUUCGUGCUGGACAUUGCCCCGGAGGCGGGGAAGCAACGGCACCUGUACUACUUCGACGCGGCAGUCGGCACUGACGACAGCGAGAGCGAAGGGAAUCUCCAGGCGUGGAUCAGGCACAUCGGGGCCGCUGGUCACUCACGGGAGUGCCUGACGAACGACACUGGAGAGUUUCACUACCUGGUGCUCCAGGACUGCGCCGUGUACAUGGAGGCCCAGCGGACCGACAGCAUGAAGUUCGACAAGCAGCUGGCCACGGGUUCCCUCCAGAAAGUGGUCAGGCGCGCCCAGGUCGACGACACUAUGUGGUUCGAGUUGUCCGAUAACAGCGGCUGGGUGACGGAGAUGGCGGGCGGCAAGCGCCAGCUGUCUGAGGUGGUGGAGGAGCCGCUCGCAGACGACGCGGACGUGCAGGCGCAGGUGAUACAGCCGAAGCUGAAGAAUCCGAUCGCGCUGCGCCCGUUCGCGGGCUCCCGAGGUGGCGGCAACGAUGCUCCCAGGCUGCACGCUGGGACUACAAUCCAAAUCCUCGCGCAUGCCAAGAUUCUGAUGCCGCGCGCGAAGACGAGGACGGAGGAGUGGAAGCGUUUCCUUUGCGUGAGGGGCGAGGGCGGAGAACAGGGCUGGAUCGCGUACCACUCCCCUUCGAUGGAGGAGAACGUGACGAAGUGCCAGGUCUUCGCGACCGCCUCCGACGGCCAGCCGGGCUUGGCCUCCAUCCUCGCCGGCGAUGCCGACGUAACGAUGUGGAUGACGCCAGGAAGAUCGAGCCCGUCGGGCAAGACCCUGCGGCCGGGCGACCUGGUUCAGAUCAAGCGGAAGUUGACGACCAGCGGCCUCAACUUCUUCGAGCUCGCUUGCGGCUUCUGGGUCUGCGAGACCGACGACAGGGGGAGGCUUGCGGUGGACGUCGUCGAGCGCCGAACAGAAGAGGCGUGGGUCUACUUCUGCCAAGACAAGGGCGGCGCGGAGAUCCGGAAGCUGCCCACCCACCAGGCGGGCUUGGGCACUGGGUACUCCUUGAAGCACAGGGAGCGCUGCGUCGCUGCGGAGAAGGUAAUUUUCACCAACGGCGACACCUUCCUGAAGAUCCAACCCCCUGCGCACGAAGGGUGGGUGCCGCUCAACAACCAGGACGGGACCAGCAAAAUGAAGGCCCUCCAGAGGGCCCCCGCCGAUGGCAAGAGGCCGCCGGGCGGCGCCGCGGGCCCGCAGCUGGCGCGCCAGCCCCCGCAGCCCAUGGGCUCGAG